CGGUCGUUUCAAAUUUUCGCGAGCAAUGAAUUGCCGAGCGUCGGAACAACAACGGUUGAUAGUUACCGCGUGCAUGUAUCGUUGUCGUUACAAUUUCAUUCGUCUCUUGCGUUGAGGAUAAUUAAUGAUAUCACAUUCUAUGUAACACUCAAGAGUUAGAAGGAGGACGAAAAAAGUUUUAAACCAGCCAUUACUUCAACAACCAAAUGAUUGUCGCUUCAAUAUUAACAUGCUUCUUCCUCGCGCUUUUACAUCAUUACAUCGUCCGUUUUGGAAAAAAGGGACGACUUAUUGAUCAUAUACCAGGACCUACAACACUUCCUAUCAUAGGCAAUAUCCACAUAUUUUGGAGCCAAUCGGCAGAAGAACUUUGGUGCCUUAUGCGCAAUUAUUUAAACAAGUACCCAAUUUGUAGAUACUGGAUUUUUACGAUUCCUAACGUUUCCAUUACCGAUCCGGACGACGUGGAGAAAAUAUUAAACAACACAAAGCACAAUGUGAAAGGAUAUAAUUACAGACUUUUACAUCCUUGGUUAGGCGAUGGCCUUCUCACUAGCAAAGGAACGAAGUGGCAAAAAAGACGGAAGAUAUUAACGCCUGCAUUCCACUUUUCUAUAUUGAAACAAUUCGUUGAAGUCUUGAUCAAAGAAGGAAAUAAUGCAGCGAAGUCUUUUAAUCAUAUAGAAGAGACAGUUAUCGACGACGUGCUAUUUUUUACUGGUCAUCAUACAUUGAACGCAAUAUGUGAAACCUCCAUGGGCAUUUCUUUGGAAGAUUUUGGUCCGUUUCAGCAAAAAUAUCGACAAACUGUUCACAACAUAGGCAAAAUUUUAAUCUACAGGAUGUUCAAGCCGUGGUUAUUAAGUGACAUAAUAUUCAAUAUAACACCAACGAGUAUCUUAAAUAGGAAAUAUUUGAACACCUUACACUCAUUCACCACAAAAAUUAUCGCAGAAAGAAAGCGUUAUCACAAACAAACUGAAGGACGAUACUUGAAACACUUUGAAAACGACGUAGGAACAGAAGACGAGGAAGUAAUAGGGAUUAAAAAGAGACGAAUGGCCAUGUUGGAUAUUUUGAUUGCGGAAUCUCGUAAUAGCGGUCUGACUGAUUUAGACAUCAGGGAAGAAGUCGAUACCUUUGUGUUCGAGGGUCAUGACACCGUAGCGAUAGCUGCAUGUUUCAGUUUACUACUAUUAGCUGAGCAUAAGGAUAUCCAGGAUCGUGUUAGGAAAGAAGUUAAUGAGGUGAUGGAGAAAAAUAAUGGGAAACUUAACAUGGAUGCUUUACAAAAUUUGUCAUAUUUGGAAAGAUGCUUAAAGGAGUCAUUAAGAAUAUAUCCUAGCGUACAUUAUAUAUCACGUGUAUGUACCGAAGAUGUCAAAUUACAUUCAUAUUUGGUGCCAAAAGGCACAACGGUGCAUCUCUUUAUCUACGAUCUUCAUCAUAAUGCUAAUAUUUGGCCGAAUCCGGAGGUAUUUAAUCCAGACAGAUUCUUACCAGAGAAUAUAAGGAAUCGUCAUCCUUACUCCUAUUUACCAUUCAGCGCGGGGCCACGAAAUUGCAUUGGUCAACGAUUCGCCAUGUUGGAGUUGAAAGCUCUAGUAGCUCCUCUGGUGUACAAUUUCUACUUGGAGCCCGUUGAUUUUUUGAAGGAUAUCCCAUUGACGCUGGAUUUUGUAUUACGUAUUGCACGUCCGAUUCGCAUGAAAAUCAUUCCAAUCAAACGCACGUAGUUAUCUAAUGGGAAUACUGAUUCGUAAAAAAAAGAAUCGAUUAGAUUUUAGUAAUAUAUCAAACAAUUUCUGAGAAACGUCCGGUAUGCAUGUUAAAAGUGAAUGAUGUAUAUUGUGUAUAUCUCUUGUGUAUAUUUUCUACUUGGAACCUAUCGGUUAUCUAAAGGGCGUGCACACAAUUCCUGAUUUCGCGCUUUGAUAUAAGCACCCGAUGCAUGUAAAAUUUGUCCUAGUAUAAACCACUUGAAGCGAGUACGGAUUCUGCAAGAAGAAAUACACAUCCGGCCUACUGUUUCCUAUGCGCUCAUUAGCUCAUAAAGAGUAAUUGAUUCCCCAUGAACUAUUGCGAAUUUUACAAAAUGGCAUAUGACUUUCCUUACCCAGUUUAAUCAGUUUUAUUAACAUGCACACGAGCGCUCUGUUAAAACUUUCCGGACACUAUGUAUAUAUUUACACCUAUAUUUUAUAUUUUAUAUUUUAUAUCUAUGAAUAUAUUUUAUAUUUUAUA